AUGCCGUUCUCUCGCAAGAAGUCUUGUAAUCGCUGCCGAGUAUCCAAGCUAAGUUGCGACAGAUCCUUGCCCACCUGUACUCGAUGCGCCAGGAAGGAUGCGCAGUGCAUUUACGAUGGUCGGGACUCCCGUCUGACGCCAUACUCCAGAUCGGCAGCGGUUUCAAGUGGGCAGAUUGGGCAGAGUAGACAGGAUUUUUCACAUGUCUCAGCUGAUAUCAUGAAUAAUUCCUCCACUCUCCAAUAUCAGGACCUGUAUAUUGAUCAUUUCGGCCCUGUUACCGGGGACUCGCUUAGUUGGGAACUCGCGGUCAAUGAACCCGAAAUGUUUGAUUUUCCCCAGACAAGUUUAUCGAGCCCGACUUCUAGCCUUGGUCACGCAGACGCUGGGCAAUUCGGCCACCCAUUUUCUGCUGGUGAGAAGCAAUCACCGCCUGACGGUAGCCCUCAAAGUACGGCUGCGUCACAACCUGCGCCCGCUGUUGCAGAUACCUCUCAAUGUUGCCAAGAUACUCGACUUAUACCAUCAGGGCAUACCUUGAAACGCGUGUGCCUCAAAAGAAGACAAAUUGUCACGGAUUGUGUUCUCAGUGCUGUCGUCAUGGGCCAGCUGACCAGUUUUCCUAAAAUGAUGGCCAGAGGCGAUCGGCUUCCACCUUUCAUUAAGCCUCCCUGCCAUUUAAACGAGGAACUGGCUCCUGAGUGUGCAGCUCGUGGAGGCCAUCAAUGCCUUCCCAAAAAUCUUGCUAUCUGUGCAGGUUUAGUAGAGAUGUUUCAGACACAUAGCAAGGCGAAUAAAUCAUAUGUCUGGGAUAUGAUUUAUAUGGAGGCAAGAAGGCUACGGAAAGAGGCUUAUCGUGGCGACUCUCAAGGAAAGCUUGAAGCCAUUCAAUGUCUCACAGUAUUUCUUCUUCUGCAAGCAGAUGAUCCUGAAACAAUCGAGACAAAUGAUGUAGCCUACUUACUCGCGACUUCAGUGAACAUUCUACGCAGCCUGUUGCCAAAUUCAAACUGGAAUUAUGAAUCCUCAAAAUUACGGCCAAGUCAGGACGAAUGGGUAUUCCGGGAAUCCAUCAGAAGAGUUAUGGCCGUUUAUGUGGUCAUAGAUCUUUUUCUCGACGGGAUUGGCGGCCUUGGAAAUGAUGAACAGUAUAACUGCGGCACCCUUAGUUUGCUGCCCCUUCCAUGCCUGCGGGAUAUUUGGGAGGCACCUACUAUUAGCGGGUGGAUAAGAGAAUACGACCGGUAUCUCUCAACUAAGGAAGGUGACGCUAUGCUUAUCACGCAGACCCUAAUGGAAACCAGGCUCGUGGCACCUUUUGUGAGCGCCGAUAAUGGUGAUCCAAGCAACGAUAUCAUGCAGUGGUGCAAAGGCAUGGAUGGGUUGAGCACAAUUAUUUGGAUGAUUAUCCCUUUGCACAAGUACCGUCUUCGAGAGGAUGUGCGGGACAUCUGGUAG